UUUUAAACAAAGAUAUCAGGUUGUACUCUAGCUCAACUAUAAAAGGAGGUACAAAACGCCGACAGGAUACAGAUGACCACCCUAAGCGUUACAGCUGAAGGAAAAUGACGGUAUGCUGCGACUCCAGUCCAAUGAGCGGCAAACGUGGAAACACUCCCUCUUCAUCUCCGAGCGGCACUGACGUGAGCGUCAAUCGGAGAAAAGUUUCGUGCAAGAGAUUCAGGUCGACCAAGGGGGCGUCGAAGGCCCGGAGGGACCACAUCAACGCCGAAAUCAGGAGCAUGCGCCGCCUGCUGCCCAUUUCCCCGGAGGACCAGGAGCGCCUCUCCUACCUGCACUCCAUGUCGGCCAUCUGCACCUACGUCAGGAAGUCCCUCUUCUUCCAAGAGCUUAGGCCCAAGGAAGAAGAGAGUUCCUGUAUCCUGUAUGAAGAGUUCCUGCAGGCCCUGCCCGGCUUCAUCGUGGCCAUGACCAGAGAGGGAAAGCUCAUAUACGUGUCUGAGAAUGUGACGGAGUACCUGGGCUUCUCAAUGGUGGAUCUACUUCAAGGGGACAGUUUCUAUUCCAUGGUGGAGAGGAAGGAGUUGAACAUAGUGAAAUCGCACCUGGAAGAUCACUGCACUGAUGUCAUGGAAAAAGCCUUUGUUUGUCGGAUGCACACCUCCAAGUCGCUUCGGGUCCGACAAGGCGGGAGCUGCACUAUGCUGGUCAGGGGCCGCUUCCAGUCCGUCCCACAAUCCUCUGCGGCGUGCCCCGACCUCGACCGAGCCUUCGUCGCGCUCUGCACCCCGACCGUGAAUAGGCUGAAAGACGACGACCUCCACAAGCUCCCGCAAAGUUUCCGGACCGUCCACCGGCCCGACAUGACUUUUAUGCACGCGUGUGAGAGUGUGCCAUUUUAUCUUGGCUACUCAUCGGAGGACAUCAUUGGACGAUCCUGGUACAACCUCCUGCACCCAGAGGACCUAGUUUUAGGUGUAGAGGCGCACAAGAUUUUGCUGCAGUUAAAUGAUGGUACACCAGUAGAGAUGAUCCUGAGGCUACAGUGCACAGAUUGGUCUUGGAAACGGCUGUACGUUCGAGCUGCAAAGGAUACUGGGAAACAGACUGUGACCUGCACCAAUCAUAUCAUCAGUGAAACAGAGGCGGAGUUUCUGGUGCAGAAAAUCUACACCGACAUCCACGGACCUUCGAGAUGCACCCAUCUUCGGAAAUCCUCCCAGAGACCUGCACUGCCUCACAUCUGCCUGUGUCAGAAUAAUGGUGCCGUCACGGGGCUGAAGAGACAGAGAUUACCCAGCAGUCCGAGUGAACAGCCCCCCAAAAAAACCAGCAGGUUCAUGGACCCUGAGGUAUCCGGCACAGUUCCAACCAACCAGGCCUGUGAAGAGGGCAGUUCCCUGGCAGACCACUGGGGGGCGAUGUCCCCAACCUCCUCACAUAGCCCUGCUCCCUCCCAUUCGCCCACCAUUCAAGAAGAGGAAGCAGAAUCAGACUUCCUGCUCGAAAUCUAUGACCCCGAGGAGCUGCUGUCGCUCCAGGAGGGACUUCCUUCCUACCUCUCCUUCCAGGACUCCCGCUGUGGGCCGUCUGGCCCCCUCUCCGCCUCCGAAUCUCUCCAGCCUAUCGUAGGCCACGGCUUCCCCCUGAGCGACAUCAACGAGGCGUCGACCCGGUCUCCAGAGCCCUGCCCCUCCCCCUCCCUUUCAUACGAUUUCCCAAGCUGCCCUGCGGACGCGCGAUUGGUCCCCGACUGCCUGCCGACGCCCGUCGCCUACGAGGGGCUGUCGGACUGCACCUUCCACCCGGAAGCCCUUGUCCAGCCCACAAACGACUCAGCGAGCGCCGGCUCUUUCUUCGCCCCCCUGCCCGACCCUGCCCCGCCGGUGACCUCUGACCUCUCCCCCUCCCCCACCUCAGGCGUCAGCAGCGGUAGCGUGUUCCCGUACAGCCAGGAGGAGCAGGAGGAGAUCAGCAUCCUCGCUUGGCAGAUCUCCUCAAUGGCCAGCAGCUUCGACACGUACCGCUUCGCGGACCACGAGGCCCGAACCCUGGGGAACGGGUACGAGAGGGCCUCCCCUGACCGCAGCGGCUGCGGCAGCGUCUCCGACCCACCCGCCCAGGUGACCAGCGCCGCAGGCCGAAUGUUCAGCUGGUCCCAGCCGACACCGCGCCCAGUCAAACCAGAGCUGGUCCUGGACGAGGGCGUCAUCGACUGCAUCCUGAAGGAUCUGGGCAGGGUUCCUGGGGUAGACUCGCUGUCCUGCUCCGGACCCGUCUCCAGUUCUGGCCCGGUGGCCACCAUUGGGCCCAGGAGUGGCCAGCAGGCCCUAGGUGCCGCCGCUACGAUUCACUCAGACGUACUAUCCUUCGCUGCCCUAGUGGAGGACCUAUCCCAUGAGCAGCCACUAGGCGGUGCCACUGCACUGGACACACACAUCCUGACAACAGGACCCCAAGAGAACAUCGAGUUGAAUCAACUCAACCACUUCAUACACAGGGACCACCAGCAAGGUAAAUUUACUGUCAGGUAUACUCAGGUGUGACUCCAUGAGGCACAUGGUGUGCAGACACAUGUACACACACACAAACACGUGCACACACACGUGCACGUGCGCACACACACACACACGCGCACAAUAAAGGUUUCAGAGCCUGACAUGAAGUUUCUCCUAUCUUUCCUGAUGGACGUAUGGCAGAAUCCUUGUAAUGAAAUGAGUCUGUGACUUACUGUAUUUUAAUCUCUGUAUGGCAUAUUGUCAUAACAACCUGGGGCUUGUUUGCUGGAUAAAAAGAAAAACAGAUCAAGGACACUGCGUAUAAAGCACAAAAGACUACUCGAGAAGGCACUGCUUUCUCACAAGGGCAAGAAGAUAAAUUAGGAAUGUUGACUGGUUUGUUUUCCAGUUUUAAUUGUGGUUUAUCAAACUUAAUGUUUGGUUAAACCAAACAUGUUGGGGUAGCUGAAUUUAUAGAAGCAUUUAGAUCUUAAUAUUUUCAUAUAAUUAUAUUCUUGUUCACUGUACUGUAUUUUUGCUAUUGUUGUACUACUGUGUGCUUCUCUACAAGCAAAUUAGUACUUACACUGCAAGCUUUAGGUGUCAUUGUAAAAUAAGGGGUUGAACCACUGCCAAGAAAUGGCACAGAGCUCUCAAUGUGUGUGGCUUCACUGAAUAUUGAAAAGGUCACCAAUCAAGGGGUUUGAAUCUAAGACAGCAUUCUCUAAACGUUGUGUUCUCGGUACCAUCAUGACUACAAGACCGGAAAUGUCUGACAAUUUACCGUUAGAUAUGAAUUGCGGCAACCGUUACAACUUUACUACCUCUGAAAUUUCUUGUUCAGUCUUUGGAACUGAGAGGUGCUGUUUUCCUAAAUUUAGAGUGAGAGAAUUGUUUAUUUAUUAGGACAAAGUCAUAUAACUGGAAAUAUUGAAACACUGGGAUUUAUGUGCCUUCCUGAAAAUAUUAUUCGAAUAUACGUAAUUCGCCUUGUACUAGAUGUCAAUGUAACAAUCCAAAUACCCUGUUUUGAAAUGCACAGAUAAUGUGUUGUAUACAGAUAGUUUUUUUUCCUCUGGGAAUUGACCAAUCAUAUUUGGCAGAUGAGAUGAGCCUAAAAAAGAGCACUAAACGGAAAAUGAAACAAUGUUAAUUUGUCGAGCUCAAUAAAACACGUUUAUUCGCACAUUGACGGUUGCAUCUAAAUGAGACUGCCAGGCGAACGCAAGCACCCACCGUUUGGCAUGAAGGCAAUUGUGCUGGUUGCUCAGAUACAGACUAUAGGUAUAUUACAACUAUGUUAAUAAAUGUGGAUGGAAAAUGUAUUAAUCUUAAUCUGUUUGCCCUAAGGCUGUGAUGCUAGUUCUGUACCAUAAAAUAAUAUUUUGGUCUUCAUUACUCAAUGCAUUUUGAAAGUGAAUGUCUUGCUUGGUUAAAUGUAAUAUGCAUAAAAUAUGGAGUCGUUUUCUUUUUCUUUUUAUAUUUUUCUACUGCAAAAGUAGGCUUAAUAAACCUUUAUGCGGAAUAAAUAAAAGCCCUUUGCCCUUGUU